AUGCUUGACUUGGUUCGUAAGACGAGAUUACCCGCCCAGUCAUCGUUCAUCAGCACCGAAACGACCGCGGGCAUCAGUCUUGGCGAUUUAAAAAGCUUCAAGGAUGAAUGGUUGACAAGUUUUGACUGGAAAAUCGAAGAAAAAUCUUUGAACAAAUUUCAUCAUUAUACAGCUCAUAUCGAAGGGCUAGAUGUCUACUUUAUUCACGAAAAGUCGAGCGCGGAAAAUGCUAUUCCGCUGCUCUUACUCCAUGGCUGGCCUGGGUCUUUCCUGGAGUUUGCAUCCAUUAUCAAUGAUCUCACCAAAGCUGCAAAAACAGUCGCAGGGAAGCAGGUGUCUUUCGAUGUGAUUGUGCCCUCCCUCCCAGGCUUUGCCUUUUCCUCUGCUCCUCCUACCAACUGGACAAUUCAAGAUACUGCACGAAUCUUCAAUACACUACUGACAGAUGUCUUGGGGUAUGAUACCUACGCUACUUUUGGGACUGAUUGGGGCGGUGGUGUUGCAUACACACUGUACGAUCAGUUCAACACAACAGUCCGCGCAGCUCAUUUGGCUUUUCUUCCUUUUUAUCCGCCCACUCAGGAGCAGCUAGCUGCUGAGAAUAUAACCUUGUUGUCAUCCUUAGAAGAAUUCGAGGAAGGCAACACUAUUGAGUGGAAUAAUCCUGGUCUUGGCUAUUUUGUGGAACAAACUACCAAGGUAUCAAUCUAUCACGUCUAUCCAGUCCGCUUGUGA